UGUUGAUGCCAGUGUAGGUUUCCCAUGUCGCUUUCACUCUAAAUUUCUAGUUCGGAAGCGACAUUAAUACAAAAAGUUGCCGUAACAUAUACGCUAUCGCUUGGAAAGUGGGUCUAAAACCUUGUGAAGCAUUGCGAUGGGGAUCGACUUCGAGGUGAACGAUUAUAUCAAAACGCUCAAGAAAGAUGGAGGACCUUUUAAGUGCCCCAAGUGCGACAAGACGUACAAAUCGGUGAUCGGGUUGCAAUAUCAUCUGAAUAACUACGAUCAUGAUAAUCCAUCUCCGGCAGUGCCGACCUCCGUGUCUACUCCAAUCAAGCAGAAAGGUCGGAAGCUGAAGUUGGGCGUCACACCCAAGAACCAAAUCGCUUCCAGCCCCCCCAAGGAAGGUAUCACCUAUUUGGAGUCGGAGCAUCUCGUGCGCCUAGAUUGCAAUGGCAAAACGGUCAAAAUCCCGGUUCUCGAUGAGCUACCCGUGGUUUCGCUCGAGGAGUAUGAAAGUAAAUGCAAAACUGCGCCAGAUUUCGAAGCGUAUGCGGUGGUACCACCGGAAGAACCAGAAGUGCAGUUGCCCGAGGGAAAGUUUAAAGAGAUCGAUGACUACACGAUCUGUGAUGCACCGCCACGUCCGAACGCGUACAUCCGUUUCAUAGAGAAAUCGAGUGAAGAAUUGGAUGGGGAGGUCGAGUACGAUGUGGACGAGGAGGACACGACCUGGCUCAGUAUUAUCAACGAACGUCGAGCAGCGCAAAACGUAGGCCCAGUUCCGGUUGAUUCACUGGAGCUGCUGAUGGAUCGUUUGGAGAAGGAAUCUUUCUUCCAGGCUGCUGCAAAUGGGCAGAACGGUGCUGUAGUCGAUGACGACGCCGUGUGCUGCAUCUGCAUGGACGGAGAGUGCCAAAACACGAAUGUGAUUCUUUUCUGCGACAUGUGCAACCUGGCCGUACAUCAAGACUGCUACGGAGUACCGUACAUCCCCGAGGGCCAGUGGCUUUGUCGGCGGUGCUUGCAGAGUCCUAGUCGGCCGGUCGAUUGCGUGCUGUGUCCGAACACCGGCGGUGCCUUCAAACAAACCGACACCAACCAGUGGGCGCAUGUCGUUUGUGCGCUGUGGAUCCCGGAGGUUCGCUUUGCUAACACCGUCUUUCUGGAGCCAAUCGAUUCUAUAGAAACGAUACCUCAUGCCCGAUGGCGGCUGACAUGUUACAUCUGCAAGCAGAAAGGGAUCGGUGCGUGUAUUCAGUGCAACAAAAACUACUGCUACGCUGCGUUUCAUGUGACUUGUGCCCAGCAGGCGGGUUUGUGUAUGCGCAUGGAUACGGUAAAAGGUACGGAUAGCAAUCCGGUGGUGGUCCAGAAAAUGGCGUACUGCGAUGCGCAUACGCCACUGAACGCGCUGCAAAGCACACCCGGCAACUCACCGGAUGGCGGACCACCGACAGAUGCACGCGAAGUCACUCGAGAGAAGAUGAAAAAGGCUCGAAAGCUACUUGCACUGAAGCGUACCAGCGCUCCGGUGAUUCUGAUUCCAACGAUACCGCAGAAUCGCAUCGAAGAAAUCUCCUCGCUGGUGAACAUCCCGAAAAAGCAACAAUUCAUUCAGCGACUGAUCGCGUACUGGACGCUGAAACGACAGUAUCGCAACGGGGUACCGUUGUUAAGAAGGUUGCAGUCGCAGGGCCAGGCGCAAGGUACAAUGCCAGGUGGUCGAGAUCGGUCCGAUGGGUCGCUGGAUGCACAAGAGCUGUACCAGCAGCUUAAGUACUGGCAGUGCCUUCGCCAAGAUCUCGAGCGAGCACGGCUGUUGUGUGAAUUAGUACGAAAGCGCGAAAAGAUUAAGCUUAUUCUAAUCAAAACAUCCGAGCAGUGCGUUAUGGCACAGCUGAACCCGAUCGAGAGCGUUUUACAUCGAAUACUGGACCAGCUAGAAGGCAAGGAUGACAAGGAGAUCUUCCGCGAGCCGGUUGACACGGAGGAGGUGCCCGAUUACAUGGAUAUCGUGAAGCAUCCAAUGGAUUUAGGCACGAUGCGCCAGAAGCUCAAACGCGGGAUGUACGUGCGCAUCGAGGAUCUGGAACAGGACUUUGGUUUGAUGAUCCGUAACUGUUUAGCCUACAACAACAAAGACACAAUGUUUUACCGAGCUGGUGUUAAGAUGCGAGACGCCGGUGCGAUUGUGUUCCGAACCGUACGAAAAGAGCUGGAACGGUCCGGUUUGUUCCAACAGCAGCCGGCACACUCCGUUGUGCAAGUGGCCACGGCAGGGGUUGGGCCAUCAACUGUAACAUCCGGCAGGUCGAUCACUGGCACCGGGGAGGAUAAUAUCGCCAUGGACAUUGAGAGCGAGCUAACCAAAAUCACAGGUGAAUCGGCAGCUGCGGAGCAUAUUGGUAAGCUCCAGACGUUGCUAGCGAAAGCGAUUGGCAUUCGUCACGCGCUGACCCGCUCCAAACGCAUAAAACAGAUUCGCAACGAGAUUGCUAGGGUCAAACGUGCCCUGUCAAAAGAACCGGAACGAGCACUGUUGAACGAAAGAAGGCUUUCGGGUGAUCUUGUAUCAUCAGGACCAAGCUCCUCUAGCACAUUGGCUGGAAUACCAUCAAACUCGGGCGCCGGCAAAUCACUUUCCCCGAAAAAGCUUAGUUAUUCCUUGCAGUCAGAGUCAUCGUUGCCUUUGAGCGCGGUAUCAAUCGGUCAGAAACAUCACCAACACAUCACCCCUGAGGCGAGUCCAUUAAAAGUAUUGAACAAUAGUCCUUCUCCAUCAGGUGUCAAUCGGAGAACUGCUGUCCUGUUCACUCGGAAAGCUCAGGCCGCACUUAAGAGACCAGAAGCCCCGAUGAACCAAGAAAGUGCAACCAGUGGGGCAACAUCUGGGCCAUCGUCGGUAACACCGAUGUCGACGACCGAGUUGCUGCAGAAGACGGCAAAGAAAAUCAACCGCGGUCGACGGAUCGGUAAGAGUGGCAAGGGAAUUGAAUCUUUCCUGGAGGCUAGCUCGUCUAUGUUGGAUGGUAAACCAUUAGAACGAAAGUCACUGGAAGCUAUUCCCGACAGCUUUCGGGUAUACCGAGGCCAGCAAGAUCGGGAAAUUAGUGAUUCGGAGAGCAAUCUUAGUCUCACAGGAAGUACCUGCAGUAGUUGUAGUGGAUUCAGUGGUAGCGGUACUGAGUCUGAGUUCGGCACCAGUGGGGAUGACGAGCAAUCGUUCUGUGACACGGACAUGUCCUCGAACAGUGAAGCGGAGGCUGAGCAGUUUCCAGAAAAACCGGCUCUGGAACCACUGAAACUGGUGUGGGCUAAAUGCCGUGGUUACCCUUGGUAUCCCGCACUUAUCAUCGAUCCGACCAUUCCGAAAGGGUUUGUCCACAACGGUGUCCCGUUGCCCGCCCCGCCGGCUGACGUGCUAGCAUUACGCUCGAACUAUGAGGAGCCGGUGUUUUUGGUCCUGUUCUUCGACGUCAAGCGCACAUGGCAGUGGUUGCCAGUCGGCAAGCUUGAGCUACUCGGUGUGGAUAAGGAGCUUGAUCAAAGCAAGCUGAUCGAAUCACGGAAGCCUACUGAACGAAAGGCGGUAAACAAAGCAUACCAGGAAGCGUUGCACUACCACAGUCAGGUGUCGAAUGCGGAUGGACCGGCGGGAAAAUUAUGAUGUUACGGAACUGCUGAAAUGACGGCAGGCCAGCGAAGUAGGUUAGAGAAGAGAGUGGGGUCGCAGGACGAGGCUGACGAUGAGGAAGAUGACGAUAGAGAGGAAGAUAAUGACGAGGACUAAAUGUAUCUUGUAGUGCGUUUCAAACGCUUAAGCUAUGGCGUUUGAUAACCUUUAAGAGAAAAGGUGAAAUGUGUAUGGAUGUAUCUUUUCACAGCAGCCAGAAGCCUUUGAAUAUUAAACGAUCCGUUGAUGUCUGUUUUAACUUAAGUUUUAACAUUGCACGUUGUAUUGAUUAAGUUUUAACGAAAAUAUUCACAUGAACAAUGUACCUUAGUACGCCAUUUAUUUAAAGUGUCACCUGUAUUUCCGUUGUGUUUCUGUGUACAAAAUUUUCACUUCGAUUAGACGAAAAAGAUGUAGUAAAUAAAUUUGAAUCAAGGUUCAUAUUUGCUAAAUUAAAGUGAUUAAAGUUUCAGGGUCAAUGCAUAGUUUUUCAAUAUUCGUUUGAGUGUAAAAUCGUCAUGGUCGCUAAGAUCUUAUUUAUAACCCUUCAGCCUACUAGGAAAACAAAUGCAUCUGUAAAUGUCGAUAAAAGAAAAUCUCGAAAAACUAUGUAUGCACGCAAAAACCCCGCAAGAGAAAAAAUCAUGCAACAUAAUUGCUAUGCCCAUGCAAGUGUGGUACAAUAAAGCAUAGCCCAGAAUUAUUCAGACUAAUAUCGUUUGUCGGUAACAUCCAUUCACAACUUCGAGGCUUGUCCAUAAAAUGUAUUGAAAAUAAAAUUUCAUUGGGGAAAAAAUUC